CUGGAAGCUAUUUAUGCAGAUCUCUAUCAGAACACGUAUGAACAUGGAAGUAAAGGCAACAUGAGGGAACGAGUUUAGAAGGGCUUAAAAAAAAAAAAAGAAGAAGAAGAAAGAUUAACACACAGGAAGUAGGAAGUGUGAUCUGCGAUAUCUUCGGUUUGUGUGAUUGUGUUGUUUGAGUGUGUUACAAUUUGUGUGUGUGUAUGUGCUCCGGUGGGCUGUAUGUGUAAAACCAGACUCUGACCUCUGGUAUGAGUUGAGGACAAUGUCUCUGAAACUACCUCGCAACUGGGACUUCAGCACCUUCAAGACUGAGACAGCUCGCAUAGCGCGAUCCAGGAGUGUGAUACCUGGAGAGGCAGGCCCCGGCCCGGGCUCACCAGGCUCCCCGAGGUCAAUGGAGAGGCCGCUGAAGGCCGGCUGGCUCAAGAAACAACAGAGGUCUUUAGUCAAGAACUGGCAGCAGCGUUACUUUGUGCUGAGAGGGAGCACACUGACCUACCACAAAGAUGACAAGGAGACCACUGUCCAGGGAGUCAUCCAGCUGCGGUUCAGUAAAGUUAAUGAACUCCCUCAAAACUCAGAUGACCCCGGGAAGUACCUCUUUGAGAUCAUACCACGUACAACUAGAGACAGAGAGCGAUGUCCCUAUGUGUUCAUGGCAAACUCCCAGAGUGACAUGGAGGAGUGGGUCCGCACUCUGCGCAGGGUCAUUGGAGUACCAACAAGUGGAGUGUUUGGAAAGGGUCUCAUGGACACAGUAACAUAUGAGCAACGGUUUGGGCAUCACAUGGUGCCAAUCCUGGUGCAGAAGUGUGUGGAGUUCAUCAAAGAGCACGGCCUGGAUGAAGAGGGCAUCUUCCGUCUCCCGGGUCAGGACAACGCCGUCAGACAGUUCAGAGACGCUUUCGAUGCAGGGGAGAGGCCCUCCUUCCCCAGUGACACUGAUGUCCACACGGUGGCGUCACUGCUCAAGCUGUACCUCCGGGAGCUUCCUGAGCCUGUGGUGCCCUGGACUCAGUACCAAGACUUCCUGGAUUGCACCAACCUGAUGGACUCCAGCAGCAAAGAGGGUUGGGAAAAGUUGGAGAAACAAAUCGCUCUUCUCCCCAGAAUCAACUACAACCUUCUCAGUUAUGUUUGCCGGUUUUUGUUUGAGGUGCAGCUGCAUGCCAAGGUGAAUAAGAUGAAUGUGGAGAACCUUGCUACAGUGAUGGGGAUCAACCUGCUCAAACCUCAGAUAGAAGACCCCAUUACUGUGAUGAAGGCGACGCCUCAGAUCCAGAAGCUGAUGACAGUGAUGAUCAGACAGCAUGAGUCUCUGUUUCCUCUCUCUAAAGACGUGCUUCCAUCCCCUCCCUCAAAAAAGGCUGAGAGCCAGAAGAACACUCCCAGAAGCUUUGUGGGCUGGGAGUCUGCAGAGAUGGCUGAUGCGUCGCUGUCUGAGUCUCCAGAAGAAGAGGAGGACAUCGACAGUCCAGGUCCAGGCAGAGGAAACGCAGCCCCCCGCAUGCAUCAUCCUCGCUCCCCUUCCACAGACGACUGGACGGGAAGCCCCCGCAAACGCACUCAGACCCUUCCCACCUUCAACUGCCCCCUCACCGGGAUGGCGGCCAAGGCCGACGCCCUCAACCGGUGGAGUCACAUCCAAGAGAGCGUGGAGGAGAAGAGCGGGACAUUGUCAGAGGACAUUUUUAAGAUCCUGGAUCUCCGGAGUUCAUUGUUCGGGGGUUCUCAGAUGAGCAACAAGGAGGGAGAGGAUAAGUUAUUAACAGACCGAAGAGGAAGUGACAACACAGGUUCUUCUACUGCCAGCCCCCAAAAACCUGAAAGCGAGGCCCGGCCUGCCCAGGUGCUGCUUCAUCAAAAGAGUGUGGGGAACCUGACAGGGUCAGGCCGGCAGGUCAACAGCCAGUCAGAGCAGAAGAAAGACAGCAAGCAGAUUGUAGACAGUCUGCAGCAGGAGAACAAGGAGCUGAAGGCCACAGUGGCAGAGCUCCAGUCUGCCCUGGAGGAAGAUCGCCGCCAGGUGGCCGCUCUGGAGGUCUGCCUGAGAAACGCAGAGCGCAGCCGAGACGAGGCCCAGACACGCAACCAGGAGCUGCAAAGGGAAAUUCAGCAAUUCCUCACCAAAACGACAUAAGCUCCUGCCUGAAGUCAUUUUCAGACUCACUAGUAUUUGGAUUUAUGACUCCUAAACAGAGCUAAUUUCACAUGAACUGGUUGUGGAAAACACUUUUGUCCUUCAGUGGGAUGACAUUAGUUUGUUUCCAUUUGAGCUGUUUGGUCCUCAAUAUAAAUUAUUGCCUCAUUUUAUUUGUGCCUGUGAGGAAGGUCUGUUAAGAAGAGAUCUAAAUAGCUUUUAAAAUCACUUUUCAUAUUAAAACCAUUAAUAUCACACAUUUGUUCCUCCCUACAAUGAACUGCCUUGAUCUGGUGUGUCCAUGGAGAAACAUCAGCUUUAGACUGAAUCCUUUGAUCCAAGGUCAACUGGACUGAAUAAAUCUUAAUGGUGGACAUUAGAAAUACUAUGUGUCAUAUGUGGGUUGACUAGUCCAUUAUUUGAUGUUUCAUUUCAGUGAUAAAUUAAUAAAACAGCACACAUUAAAGGGAUUUUUGUUGAUGUAUAAAAAUGUUUUAAACCCCAUAUUACCCCAACAUUUUACAACAUAAUUUGCUCGGUAGCACGAAACACAAAGUGCAGAUGGGAACAUCAGCAGUUUUGCAGGCAUUUGGUCGUACAUUUAAUUAUUGGAUAUUAAUAAAUCAAACUUUAUUUACAUACACCUUUCAAACAAAUCAAAUGCACUUCAAAGAGCUUUACAAGCCAUUGACAAAACUUGAUAUGUUUAAAGUACUAAAAUAUGAACACAACAAAAAAUAAUUAAUAAUGAUAAUAAGAUAUAUAUUGAUAAUAAAAUUAGCACAAAUAAUAAAUCAUCAAAGACAAUAAAACACAGCAUGAGAGCCAGACUAAAAAGAUGGGUUUAUGUUGACGUUUUAAAAGAUCCUCAGAUCCUCUGGAAGGCCGUUCCAGCUGCUCUGAGCAUAAUGGCUGAAAGCAGCGUUGCCAGAUGUUUGUUGAAAGAGAAAAAUGGGGACAUUAUUAAAAUUGACCAUAAAUAUCAAACUGUUGUGGCAGUCCAUGUCAUAGUUAUUGAUGUAUUUAAGUCUGGUC